AUGGCCAUUCCUGUGAGCGGCAGCGUCACUUUGAACGGCAGUCAAGCUGUCGUGGCGCUCGAUGUCGGUGCUCAGAACGCACCAACCACACCGGGAGCUCCUUUGCAGAUCCUGCUGCAGAAAACUACGGACGGACAAAUGCCUAUCCAUGAAUCAAGGCUACCCGUCCUCAAGAAGCAUUUGGCGGCCAUGGUCUGCAAUGUGCAGCGUGGCCUCAAAUUAGCUCCUGUGGGGCUACUUGGUGCAUGGUCCAAGGAAGCGGAAAGCAGAUUGUUGACUUUGCUCAAGAAGCCUAAAAUGGUCUGUGCUUUGGAGGACAAGAAGGACACGUCGCCGUUGGCCUUCCCAUCGACUUCAGCCACAAAGGACCUUGCUUUAGCUGCUGCAGCGUGUACGACAUCGUCAUCUUCGGAUUCUUCUUCCACGAGCUCCUCGGGGUCAUCUUCGGAAUCUUCGGACGCAGGCGAUGAGCCAGGGCCCAAUCAAGGCAUCAUGGCAGAAGCAGAUGACACGCAUGAGGGUACUCCGAAUCCUGCACUGGGUCCUCCCCAGGACGACGUAGAAACGGACUUCUCAGACGCAGCUGUGGUUGAACCACCUGCAAAAUGUGCCAAAUGUGAGCGAUAUUUGCAACUCCAGUAUGAUUUUGAUUCGCUUGCAGAUUCCCACCAACCCAUUUCCGAUGCCCUCGAAGUUGCUGAAGAAGAGAACAAGCAGCUGAAGGCUAUGGCUGCCUUUGUCGACGAGGCCAUGAAGGAGUAUGGCGGCAAGGAGUGGCAAUAUGACAUGCAGACAGCGCCAUGUCACACCAUCAAGCAUACGACGGACAUUGAGGCCCCUUUGACUGUCGCAGAUCUUCUGAGAUGCUGUCGCCCACCAGCAGGCGUCAAAAGCACAAACCUGCUUCUAGAUGUGCAUCUCUCCAUAGCAGAUUGUGGAACUCCUGAGAACAUUGCCUCGGCUGUGCAAAACCAACGAGUCGACGAGCUACCUGCCGCUUUACAAUUUGCAGAACCUUUGCCAGAACAAACCAAACUUGGAUGCAUUGUGGCUGCAGAUGGCCAUGGGCAGUACAUUGGCCAUGUCUAUGAAGGGAUGUUCCUGGACGAUCCAAACCGCGAACGCAUUUCCAUGGCCGACCUCAAAUCCUUCUUCACAGUGGAGGAGGAGCAAACUACAUCUGGUCGCUACAAUGACUCCAAGUUGCCUCGCAAUUGCAUGCGUGAAGAGUUCCUGAAGCUCACCCGUCGCAUCUUUGCCGGUGACAGACUUGCUGAUGUACUGGCCUGCUUGAAGAGGGCUGUCGUCAUCGUCCUGGGCCAGCAUGCCAUGUACCUUCGUCUGCCCAGCCAAGAUUCUAGAGCCACAGUGCAUCGCAUCAAGGUGGAUGACCUUCAUAAGGAUCUCUUGUCUGAGAAAGACAAGCCUUUAUACUCCAAGUACAAGUUAGGCAUCAUGGAGCAUGGGCCCGAAUGGCAGGAUGAGACUGCGCGUGAAGUGCGUAUGAUUUCAGCUGGCAUGGAGAAGUUUGCGGCCGGCAGGCCAGAAGCCUACAUUGCGGCUGUGAAUGGAGAAUCGAAGAACAGCUCAUAG